AUGGCAAGAGAUGCAAGUUUGAAUGACAACAAGGAUAGUCCAUCAGAUACAAUAGUACCAUGUCUUAAUAGAGUAUUAUCCUACUUGAAUCGAUCAGAACUUGUGCAGACGUCAUUGGUGUGUAAAAGCUGGCAUCUGAUAUCAGCGUCAAGACUCUGGUCAAGCUUUAAAUUUGUCAGAGAACGAGACUUUGAACGAAUAUUUAAUAUACUGUCUAGAAGAAAUACAGCCACUCGGUAUGGGGAGUUUAUUACAUCAUUAGAACUUGUACACUCGGAUAAAGAAUUUCAUAUCAAUUCAAAUACAAUAUACUUAAUUACCGCUUUAUGCCCGAAUCUGUUGUCAAUCAGCAUUAAAUUUCAUCUUACACGUCCUGUUGCACCUCCUGUAAUUAAUCAUUUACCAAAAAAGAACCCAUUUCCACAAGCACAACCUAGAGUACGACCACCUUUACCUUUUUCUCGACCUAAUCAAUCAAUAGAUUCUAAUAGUAACAACAACAACAACAAUCAACCACCUGUAUCAAUACCCCCAAGGCAUACACAGUCAUUACCACUAGCUCACUUUGCUUAUAACUGUCUAAAACUUAAAUCGAUCCAUCUUGAUUCUUAUUCACCCAAGACAGAUGAUUCCGUUUAUGAAAUGGCUAAAUAUAUGACCUCUGGUAGUUUAGAAUCCAUCAAAUUCAACAACUGUUCAAGUAUCCAAAGUUCAACCCUCUGUAAAUUAGCAAUUACCAACCCUCAGCUGCGGUACAUCGAAAUCAUGGGCAGUACACCCGUGACAGAUUCGAGUAUAGCAACCAUAGCAGACCGGUGUGGUAAUUCACUCGAAUAUCUUUCGAUUGGUAAUGCUUAUCAACUGACAGAUAAAUCAAUGCAGUAUAUUGCUUCAAGAUGUAAACAAAUUCGACAUAUUUGUAUAUUUAACAACCAUACAGAAAAAAUUUCUGAAGAUACCCUCACAGCCAUCAUUACUCAUUGUUCAACAUUACAAACAAUCAGUCUAAGUGAUUCAAGAUGCCUAGGAUCCAACUUUUUCAAAUCAGUUGUUCAACGUGUAAAUAUAGAAAUCGAAAAUAUAAAUCAGCAUCGUGCAAAGAUCGAAUCAGGGUUACAAAGACUAUGUCUAGGUGGAGUGAAAAGAGAUAUCAUUCAAAGUAAUUAUAUCGAACAGCUAGUCGAUACAAGUGCAAGCAAACAUGAUUUACAAGAUCAAGAUGAAACAAUGACUGAUGACUCUAUUAUACCUAAUGACACUACUCCUAAUAAUUACCAUCUCCAAUCAAAAUUCUUACCAAAAAGUACCAUCAUUCGUGGAAAUACUAUAUGGUGGCAAAGGCGUCGUUUACUAUUACCUACUUGA